AUGCUGUUGAGUUACUUGUUUGGUUUCUUCUGCUUGCUAUGUGGGUUAACAGAAGCUGCUGAAAAGGUAUAUGAACCCAAUCCGCCUGUCACGCACCGCGUGCUUAUGUCUAUUGAAUAUACUGAAAAGGACGCCAAAGAACCCAAGUUGCACGACAUAACUAUAGAGCUAUAUGGAACGGUGGUCCCCAAAACUGUAGAAAACUUUUACAAGAUCUCUCAAGGUGUUAGAGCAUUGAUUAGAGGUCAAGAUGAGAAAAACCAAUUCGCUUUGUCUUACAGAGAUACGUUAUUUCACCGUAUUGUGCCAAAUUUUGUUAUUCAAGGAGGAGAUGUUUUACCAGAUGUAGGUCCCUUUUCGAUUUACGGCGCUAAGUUCGACGACGAAAACUUUGACUUGAAACAUGAUAGACCAGGAAGGUUGUCCAUGGCUAACACAGGGGAGGACACUAACGCGUCCCAAUUUUUUAUCACCAUGACGGAAGAACCGCUCAGCCAGCUCGAUGGAAAACACGUUGUAUUCGGACAGGUAGUUGCAGGGCUUGAAGAGUUGAUGUCUAAAGUUCAAUAUGUUGACACUAAUGCUUCCGAGAAGCCAAUUCAUGAUGUAAAGAUCAAGUACACAACAGUGGAGCAAUUGCGACUUGCCAACCAAGAAGAACUUCAUAAUAAGUACUUAGCACAAUUGAAGAAAUUUAAAGAUGGCGACGAAACUGCAGGUGUUACAAUGAAACAAACCUUCAAGGUAGGUGAGGAAGAAGAAGCUGUUAUGGAAGAUAUCUUGUAUGCCCAGCUGCAUCACCCAUUUGCAAAGGUUUUAUGGGGUGUCGGUCUUCUUUGUAUCGUCUACGUCGUUGCAAAGAAUAGAAACCGUAUCUUCCGCAAGACAUCACAAGUAAUUUCGGUGAGACAUGAUUAG